UCUUUCGUCAACAACUGGUACAUCUUCUAAUGAUACAACCAAAGAAGAGUCUACUUCUGAAACCGUCUUGUCUUCUGAUGACUAUUAUUACGACGAAUCUACUGAAGCUUCAUUGUCAACAACUGGUACAUCUUCUGAUGAAGAUUCAAGCAAUGCCACAACUCUUUCGUCAACAACUGGUACAUCUUCUAAUGAUACAACCAAAGAAGAGUCUACUUCUGAAACCGUCUUGUCUUCCGAUGACUAUUAUUACGACGAAUCUACUGAAGCUUCAUUGUCAACAACUGGUACAUCUUCUGAUGAAGAUUCAAGCAAUGCCACAACUCUUUCGUCAACAACUGGUACAUCUUCUAAUGAUACAACCAAAGAAGAGUCUACUUUUGAAACCGUCUCGUCUUCUGAUGACUAUUAUUACGACGAAUCUACUGAAGCUUCAUUGUCAACAACUGUUGCAUCAUCCGAUGAAGAUUCAAGCAAUGCACAACUCUUUCGUCAACAACUGGUACAUCUUCUCUAAUGAUACAACCAAAGAAGAGUCUACUUCUGAGCACUCUUUGUCUUCCGAUGACUAUUUGCGACGACAUCUACUGAAGCUUCAUUGUCAACAACUGUAA